CACUGGUUUCUGCCGUCUAGAUCAGUAGAAACACAUUUCUGUCGUUCCGAUUCCGUUUCGUUCUCGACUCUCCCCGCGCACUCACUCCAAUCGUGCCGCGGUCGCUCUGGAGGUUGACCCGAGAUUUUUUGUUUCCCGUUUUUGACGAUUUACUAUUUUCUUGCGACCAAAUUGUUUCCGCAGUUCAAACCGGUGUGUAUGGUGUACGUCAUCGUGUCCGUUAGGUACAUCGCCAGCUGACAAGUACACGCCAUUACACGUGCCCUUUUCCGAAUUCAUUCGUCCGUCAAUCCCUGUGAAUACGCAUACGCGGAAUGGCGGGAAGAGGUUUUUUAAAGAGCCGUUUGGCUCAGGUCGCUCCUAUAGAACCCCAGGAACCACCUAAACCCCAUGGACAUCCUAAUCCUGAGGAACCUCCAAAAUUAGCGGCACCACAAGUACCACACACCGAUGUACCGACAAUUCCAAUUGCUGGUCUAAAUACUCAAUUCCUAGUUGCUGGUAAUCAACAAGUUGCUCGCGGAAGAAGGGCUAUGCUAGCUAAUAUGGCUCAAGGAACUGGCUCUCCGAAUUUGUGUGACAACAUUUCAGCAAAAUUCUCAAAUAUCGAUCUAGGGAAUUUAAAAGAUAUUGUGCGACCAACCAUAAGCCCAGAGCAUAAAAAAACAGAGGUACCUAAAUUACUUACACCUCCAAAGCAAGAACAAACACAAAUUGUAGAUAUUCCAGCAGCAAAGGAAGAAAAGUCUCCAGUUAUAUGUAGAGUCUUAAAAAAGUCUGAAAAAGAUGCUUACCAAAUGACUCAAUUAUCAUCGAAUUACAUUAGAAUUAAAUUAGAAGAAGACAAAGGAAUAUAUGAAUAUAGAGUCGAUUUUAAUCCUCCAGUUGAUGCCAAAUCUGCCAGGUUUUUUUUGGUGAAUGAACACAGAGAUUUAUUUCCUGUAAAAACAUUUGAUGGAACAUUACUUUAUGUGCCAAAAAUGCUACCACAAAAUGUAACAACAUUAGUGGGAACAUUAAGAGAUGACUCUAAAGUGACUUUAACAAUAACCUUUAAACGUAAAAAUUCUUUGCGUGAAUGUAUUCAUUUUUAUAAUGUUUUCCUACGCACAAUAAUGAAGAUCCUUGGUUUAGUAGAAUUUGGUAGAAGUUGUUACGAUCAAAAUAAAAGAAUACUCAUUCCUGAAUUCAAACUUGAAGUUUGGCCAGGGUACAUAACUACUAUUGACGAAUUUGAAAAUGGUCUUUAUAUGUGUGCUGAGGUAUCACACAGAGUUUUACGCGUACAAACAGUUCUUCAAAUAAUGACGGACAUUAUGAUGAAUUCGAAAAACAACAAUACAGAUAGUAAGCAAGAAAUAAUGGCUGCAUUGUGUGGUGCUACAGUAAUUACACAUUAUAACCGUAAAACAUACAGAGUUGAUGAUGUAGACUUUACAAUGAAUCCUUUAUCAACUUUUGACCAACAUGGUGUUCAAGUCUCAUAUAAAGAUUAUUAUAAGAAAAUGUACGACAUUGAAAUUAAAAAUCUUCAACAGCCUAUGAUGAUAACAAAAGCCAAAAAAAAAGAUAUAAAUAAUAAAAAUGAUAAUGAAGGUAUUUGUUGCUUGGUCCCUGAACUUUGUAAUUUAACUGGGCUUACUGAAGCAAUGAAAACCGAUUUUAAAUUGAUGAAGGCUCUUCAAAACCAUACUUUGGUUACACCAGAAGUGCGACAAAAGGCUAUAGUUGAAUUUGUGAAUCGUAUAAAUGCUCAUGAAGGAGCUAGUAAGAAACUUAAAGAUUGGGGUCUUAUGAUGCGGCCAGUCCCAGUGAAAAUGGAAGGUCCUGUUUAUAAAAGAGAAACUAUAUUACUGGGGAAUAGUAUCAGAAAACAAGUUGGAAUGAAUAUGGACUGGGGAAUGGAUGUAGCAAAAAAUGCAAUGUUUGUGGCUGUAAAUAUGUUAAAUUGGGCCAUUAUGUAUAAUCCAAAAGAUGAGCCAACGGCUAAAUCAUUUUGCAAACAAUUGGCUGCAUGCGGCCGUCCACUUGGUAUGGAAAUUAAUCCUCCAAAGCCAAUUAAAAUUCAGGGGACAACUCCAGAGUCUUUCGUUAGCACCAUAAACAAUACAAUAAAAAAUAAUUCAGAAAUACAAUUAGUUGUUAUUAUAUUUCCCAAUCAAAGAGAAGACCGAUAUAAUGCUGUCAAACGGAUUUGUUGUUCAGAAAUUGGAAUUCCAUCUCAAGUAAUAAUCUCAAGGACAUUAUCUAAGCCAGAGCGAUUGCAAUCAAUUACUCAGAAGAUUGCUUUACAAAUUAAUUGUAAAUUAGGAGGUGCUUGUUGGGCUAUUGACAUUCCAUUGAAAAAUACUAUGAUAGUAGGAAUUGAUGUUUACCAUGAAAAAGGUAAACAAACAAGUAGUGUUGUUGGUUUUGUAGCUUCAAUGGAUAAGACAUUUACUGAAUGGUAUUCUGUAGCUGCAAUGCAAAGGAGUACUCAUCAAGAACUUAUGAAAUCUGUGCAAGAUGCGUUUCAUAAAGUCGUGGUCCAAUUUAAAGCAAAAAAUGGGUUGUUGCCUGAAAAAAUAAUUAUAUAUAGAGAUGGUGUAUCUGAUGGGGAUUUAAAACAAGUAGAAGAAAUUGAACUAUCAGAUUUAAUUGAAUCUUUCAAAAGUUACCCAGGAAAUUAUAAUCCUAUGGUUUCUUUAAUAAUUGUUCAGAAACGUAUUAACACUAGAGUUUUCCAGUAUGUAAAUGAAAAGUAUUCAAAUCCAAGUUCUGGAACUGUUAUUGAUAAUACUGUAACCAGAAGAAAUCAUUUUGAUUUUUUCUUGGUUUCUCAACAUGUUCGUCAGGGCACUGUUAACCCUACUCAUUACAUUGUUCUAAAAAAUGGAUGUAAUCUUAGUGUAGAAAAUGUCCAGCGAUUAUCCUACAAGUUGUGUCACUUGUAUUAUAAUUGGUGUGGUACUGUGAAAGUUCCCGCUCCUGUUCAAUAUGCACAUAAACUAGCAUACCUUAUAGGGCAAAAUGUUAGACAAAUGCCAAGUGAAGGUUUGUGCAACUCCUUAUUUUUCCUAUAA